AUGCUGAAUAAUAGACCACAGGGAAACUUGCCCAGAAACACUGAAGUUUAUCCUAAGGAGCAAGUUCAGGAAAUUACCCUGAGGAGUGGUAAACACAUUGAGCAGUCUAGUGUACAACAAUCAGUAGUUCAGAAUGAAGGUUUGGGUGAAAAGUCUGAUACAGCAGAGAAAAGGAUUCCCAGUUAUGUAAAAUUCAUGAAAGAGAUUCUGUCUAAGAAAAGAAAAUUGGAAGACUAUGAAAUUGUGGCGCUCACUGAAGAAUGUAGUGCAAUAUUGCAAAUGAAGCUACCCCAAAAAAGACUUGGUAUGGGUGAGGCAAGACCAACAACAGUUACUCUACCAUUAGCAGAUCGGUCAGUGAAGCAUCCACGGGGUAUCAUUGAAGAUGUUCUUGUGAAGGUGGAUAAGUUUAUUUUUCCUGCCGAUUUUAUCGUUCUUGACAUGGAGGAGGAUACAGAUGUGCCCAUUAUUCUUGGAAGACCAUUUUUAGCCAUGGAUAAAGCAAUCUCAAAAAGAAGGGUGAGUAGUGAUGCUUUAGAGGCGGUGUUGAAAGGUGGUGAGGGAGAUGAUGAUGAUGCUGACAUGAGAGAAUAUUUGGAAUUAAAGGCUCUUCUGGAUCAUUUGAGUUAUGCAUACUUGGGAGAGAAGGAGACUUUACCUGUAAUUGUUUCAGCUGACCUCUCAAAGACUGAAUUAGAAAAAAUGUUGAGGGUUUUACGGGAUCAUAAAUUGGCCAUUGGGUGGACAUUGGCGGAUAUUAGAGGAAUAGGUCCUUCAACAGUAAUGCAUAAAUUUUUAUUGGAGGGAGAUAGUAAGCCAUCUAUAGAGGCUCAGAGAAGACUCAAUCCAGCGAUGAAGGAGGUUGUACUUGAGCAGAUUCUUAAAUGGAGAAUGCCAUUCAGACUAUGUAAUGCGCCAACAACAUUUCAACGAUGCAUGAUGGCUAUAUUUUCAGAUAUGGUGGGAAAAAGCAUUGAGAUUUUCAUGGAUGAUUUUUUUGUCUUUGGCUCAUCGUUUGACAUUUGUUUGGGUAACUUGGAAAAUGUGUUGAAUCGUUGUGAAAAUGAAAAUCUAGUGUUAAAUUGGGAAAAAUGCCAUUUUAUGGUAAAAGAGGGAAUUGUUCUAGGACACAAGAUUUCUAGAGAUGGUAUUGAGGUGGAUAAAGCAAAAAUUGCAACAAUUGAGAAAUUACCACCUCCGGUGUCAGUGAAAGGUGUACUCAAGGAGAAGUUGAUAUCUGCACCUAUAGUUGUGGCUCCAAACUGGGACUUACCGUUCGAAUUGAUGUGUGCCACUAGUGACUAUGUUGUGGGUGCAGUUUUGGGGCAGUGUAUUGACAAGGUAUUUCGCUCCAUUUACUAUGCUAGGAGAACUCUCAAUGACGCACAAUUGAAUUACGCCACUACAGAAAAAGAGUUGCUAGCCAUAGUAUUUGCUUUUGACAAGUUAAGACCCUAUCUAUUUGGUAAUAAGGUGAUUAUGUAUACUGAUCACUCUACUAUCAAGUACUUGAUGACUAAGAAAGAUGCAAAGCCUCGCUUAAUCAGAUGGGUUCUAUUGCUACAAGAGUUUGAUAUAGAGAUUCAUGAUAAAAAGGGUACUGAAAAACUGGUAGUUGAUCACUUGUCGAGACUAGAAAUAGAAGAGAGUCAGAAUGAGAAAGCUAUGCAGAUCAAUGAUUUCUUUCCAGAUGAGCAAUUAUUUGGGGUGAGUGAAAAUCCGGUUGUGCCUUGGUUUGCUGAUAUUGUGAAUUUCCUUGUUGCAAAGGUUGUGCCUCCUGAGAUGACAAGGCAACAGUUGAAGAAAUUUUACUCUGAGGUGAAACAUUACUACUGGGAGGAGCCUAUUCUCUAUAAGCAUUAUGUUGAUCAAAUUAUUCGCCAUUGUGUACCUGAGGAUGAAAUGCAUUCUAUUCUUGCCACAAUUUACAAUGUGCGCACUGGUAAUAUCUCAAGGAGAAAUGAGAUGCCCCUCAAUGUGAUUUUGGAAGUUGAGUUGUUUGAUGUUUGGGGCAUUGACUUCAUGGGUCCAUUUCCACCGUCUUACAAUAACGAGUAUAUUUUUCUAGCAGUCGAUUAUGUGUCCAAAUGGGUGGAAGCUACUGCUACGAAGACCAAUGACUGUAAAACUAUAUUGAACUUUCUCUAUAAACACAUUUUCACUUGUUUUGGUACACCUCGAGCUCUCAUUAGUGAUGAAGGGAGUCAUUUUGUCAACAAACAACUUGAUGCACUUUUAGCUCGCUACGGUGUAUACCACCGCACUGCAUUGCAUAUCACCCCCAGUCAAAUGGCCAAGCUGAAAUUUCAAACAGGGAGGUGA